GAAACGGCGCGUCGUUGUUUGGUCCGAGUCUGUUGUAGUCCGUCUGUGUGGUCGGGGUUUCAUCUCCGUCCUGGUCUGAUUCCCGCAUGUCCGCGCAGGGCGACUGCGACUUCUUGGUGAAACGGGCCCGGGAGCUCGUGACUGAAGACCCUUGGGCUGCUAAAGCCUGGCUCAUCACCGCCCGGACCCUCUACCCCACCGACUUCAGCAUACAGUAUGAGAUGUACAUCAUUGAGCGCAAUGCGGAGAGGACCGCGUCAGCCGGCAGACUGCUCUAUGACAUAUUCAUUAAUUUCCCUGAUCAGCCGGUGGUGUGGCGAGAAAUUACGGUCAUAACAGCAGCGCUGCGGAACGACAGCCAGGACAAGCAUGCUCAGUUCCUUAAAGGUGUGUUUGAAACUCUCCCAGGCCCUGUGCAGUGUCAGAUGCUGCUAAAGGCUACUGAGCAGUGUUUCAACACUCUGGAGAAGGCAGAGAUGCUUCUGCUGCUGCUGAAGAGAUUCCCAGAGUCUGUAGUACAGCAUGGGGUCAGUUUAGGAGAAUCCCUUCUGGAGGCGGAGAAUGUGGAGGACUUGGACACGCCCGUCAACUGUUUCAGGAAGCUGUUUGUUUGUGAUGUUCUGCCGUUAAUAAUCAAUAAUAUGGAGAUGCGUCUUCCUGCUAGUCUCUUGCAUAAGUACAUGCACAAAGCGGCUGAGUUUUAUAUUGGCUAUGUGACACGAGGCCCCUGCACAGACCCACAAUUACAGGGACCUCAGGAGGUGGCCGGGCUUAAGUCACCUGGAAUGGGGCGGGGUCAGCGGUUUGUGAUUGAGGGGUUGUCAGAGAAAUCGUCUGUGGUGACGGAGCCGUGGGAGAGGUUGCUGGAGAUAGUGGGCGUGGUCGGAGCGAGGUGUGAGUGGCAGGGCGAGAAAGGGAGCAGGACGUACACAGAGCUGUUGCAGCGGGUAAAGGAAUUGUGCCGGUAUCUGCCCGGGUUGGAGGGAGAGACUCUGUCCCGCUGCUGCGGUCAGAUCGUCACCUGUUCCACACUGGUUCUUUUCCGCAGCGCCCACUUCUACGUUUCUACUGUCCAGCCCUCACUCUUUCAGAGUCAUAAUUCUCUUGGGGCGACUCCAUGGGUUCUUGUGGAGGAUCUGUCGAGUGUGUUUAGCGACGUUGAGGUGGAGAGAUCGAGCGGAAAACACGCACACAAGAAACGCAAGCUGGCAGAUGGACGAGAGAAAACCAUGAGUUCUGAUGAUGAGGAUGCUCUGGGUAAGGGACGAGGACGGCACAUUCUGGUGAAUAAGACAGAAAUGCCAGGAUGGGCGGAGACUUUAGAACAUUUCCGAACAGCUAGAGAGAGCUGGGACCUCCUACACUCUCACGAUGCUCUGGAAUCAGAGUUCAAUAAGAUCUGCGUGGCUUGGAAGACUGAAAGCUGGCUGUGGUUCCGAAUAUUCCUCACUGACAUGAUCAUAUAUCAGGGCCAGUACAGAAAAGCCCUGUCCAGUCUGGUACAGAUGUCAGCCCUGCAGCCCCAGCAGAGCCAGAACUCACUCACAGCAGCGUCCAACCUGGAGAUGCACAGAGCUUUGAUACAGCAAGCAUCCUGCCACUAUGCACUGGGGGAGCACAGGCUGGCAUGUGAGAAGCUGUUGGAGGUUGUCAGUGGUCUGGUACCUCAGAAUCAAGAAUCAACAAAGUCCAGUGAAGAGCAGGGCAGAGUCAGGAACAAGCCCAGGAAAGGCAAUGACCUGAGGCUUGUUCCGUGCACCAGCAAAGACAUCCUGCCGUUCUGUUUGCAGCUGAUGUUGGCCUGUUUCAAGUUGCGGGCAUUCGCAGAUGGUGGCAGGGAUGACCUAGCCCUGGGUCAUGUGAUCGUUCUCCUGCAGCAUGAUUGGCCACAGGGCGAGACUCUGUUCCUGAAGGCAGUGGACAAAAUUUGUGACCAUGGGAGUUUUCAGUAUGAGAACUUCUUCAACUAUGUCACCAACAUCGAUAUGUUGGAAGAGUUUGCGUACCUCCGUACAACAGAAGGGGGGCGGGUCCAACUGGAGUUGUUGCCCAAUCAAGGGAUGCUAAUUAAGAACCCCAGCCCCGCCCUGGGGGUGGAGUUAAAUACCCUGCUGCUUCCAGGGGCUCAGAAGGCUGACAGACAUCACACAGUGACCCGCGGCAUCACCAAAGGCGUGAAGGAAGAUUUUCGUCUGGCAAUGGAACGCCAAGUGUCCCGCUGCGGAGAAAACCUGCUCAGUGUGCUACAUCGCUUCUGCAUCAACGAGAAGAUCAUACUCAUCCAGUCCUUACCUUGACCGUUGGCCCAUAACUGCUCUUUGCCCUAAAGGUCAUGAAAUGCAUUUUUUAACAGAACUACUGGUCCCUCUUUAUAUAAGGUGUCCCUAAUAACAGUCUGUUCACCUGCUUAUGAAUGUGACUACUAUAUGUACUUCAUUACAGAUUAUAUUGUGCAUGCUUAAAAAAAUUGCACAGCAAUUCCAGUUUUGACUCUCGUGAUGGUUGGGAAUUGUUUAGAUUUAAAAGUGACUGUCACUAUCGCUGUUCUGUUGUUUCUAAAGGAUUUACGAGUUGAUUUCUUGAUUUUGCGAACAGGGAACAUCCAGUACUAAGGCAAAAGUGAAUGUAGAAUACAACUCUUAAGUUUAUAUUUUUUGAACAGGAGACAUUUCACUUAGUAAUGCCUGCUAUUUUGAAGAAGCAUUGAAUAUGUUACCUGGUUCAGUAGUAAUCAAAAUAAAAAAAAUUUCAUUUGGUGGACUCAUUUAUUGAUUUACUAUGUAGGCUGAGACAAUGUACCCAUUAUGGUUAAAUAGAUCUUUUUAUUAUGUACACCUUAAAUGAAGUUGGACAUUUGGAGAUACGAACAACAAAUGAUGUAUCUACCAAAAAUAUUUGUUUUAGAGGGUCUGUGACUUUGAUACAUUAGAAUUGUUGCAUAUUCUUGUUAUUGUAUACCUCAUGAAUUGGAGUUUAAGACUUUCUUUGUUAUAUAAUUCUAUGUUUGUAAACAAACAGUAAUAAACUUGUUUUUUUUUGUA